UGACGUCAUCACAACGGCCUGAAUGAGCAGCUGAGGGCAGGUCAUCUCUGGUUGUGCGUCAGUCAUGGAUCCGGCGUCCACCGCCUCCCUGCGCUCGGUAGAGAAUCACGCACAGCUGGUGCUGCAGCAGAUGGAGAAGAUGAGGCGACAGCUGGAGUUCUGCGACCUGCACCUCCACGUCGGGCCGGUGGUUUUCGGGGCACAUAAGCUGGUGCUGGCCGCGAGCAGCCCUUACUUUGCAGCUCUGCUGUCUGGCGGUCUGAAGGAGUCGUCGGGUGACGUGGUGCGGAUUCAGGAGGUGGAACCCGCCAUCUUCCAGCUGCUGCUAGACUUUAUUUACUCCGGCUCGGUCCUCAUCAGUCCAGAGACUGUGCAAGAACUGAUGACGGCGGCCGACAUGUUGCAGCUGAACCACGUGGUGGCGCUGUGUUGCGAUUUCUUAAAGGAGCAGAUCGUGCCCGGCAAUUGCAUUGGCUUCUUUCAGUUCUCGGAGCAGCUGGCGUGUCAGCCCCUGCUAGAAUUCACCGAGAGCUACAUCCACGCUCAUUUCCCUGAGGUGCAACAGGGGGACGAAUUCCAGGAGCUGACGAAGGAGCAGCUGAUCCGCCUCUUGCGCAGUGAGGAGUUGUGCAUUGAAGACGAGCAUCAGGUGUUCGCAGCCGCCAUGUCCUGGCUCCAGAAAGACACCACGACACGGAAAAGGCAUGUGGUCGAGGUCCUGGAGCCCGUGCGCUUCUCUUUGCUUCCACCUCAGCGGCUCCAGAAGAACAUUGAAGAAGUGACAGAUUUCAGCCUGCGGGUGGCGCUGCAGACACUUCUGAGGGAAUACUGUGAGCCCAACCUGUCCCCUAAAGAUAAGAAGCUCUGCAGCUUCCUCCAGCCCUCGCGCGUCCGACCGCGCAGGAAAGCGCGCAAAUUCCUCUAUGCUAUAGGGGGAUACAUCCGGCUGCAGGGUGGACGGUGGAGCGACAGCAGGGCGCUGAGCUGCGUGGAGAGGUUCGAUACGUUCAGUCAGUACUGGAGCACCGUGUCCUCCCUGCACCAGGCACGUAGCGGGAUGAGUGCGGCCGUCCUGGAGGGCCGGAUCUACGUGGUCGGAGGGGAGAAGGACUCCAUGAUCUUUGACUGUGUGGAGUGCUACGACCCCGUGUGUAAGCAGUGGACAGCAGUUCCCUCCAUGAAUCAGCCACGUUGUGGUCUGGGGGUCACUUCCUGCCAUGGUGCCAUCUACGCCAUGGGCGGCUGGGUGGGCGCAGAGAUUGGAAACGGCAUCGAGCGGUAUUCACCAGAGGACAACACCUGGCAGAUAGUGGGGCACAUGUCCCUGCCCAGAUAUAACUUUGCUUGUUGCGAGAGACAAGGGCUGAUCUAUGUCGUCGGGGGUAUUAGCUAUGAGGGGACAGAACUUUCUUCUGCUGAAGUGUUUGAUCCCAUUGCCAAGCGCUGGACAUCACUCCCUCCUAUGGGGACCCGCAGGGCGUAUCUGGGUGUAGCCUCGCUAAACGACUGCCUGUACGCGGUGGGCGGCUGGAAUGAGCAGCAGGACGCUCUGAACACGGCGGAGAAGUUUUCUUUUGAGGAGGAGACGUGGGUGGAGGUGGCGCCGAUGAGGACCCCGAGAGCGGGCGUCUCUGUGAUCAGUGUGAACGGGCUGCUGUACGCCGCGGGGGGGAGGGCCAGCGUGCAGAAUUUCGCAGCCCCGGUGACGACUGAUUCUGUUGAGGUUUAUAACCCGCACACAGACUCCUGGACGGAGAUGGGCAGCAUGAUAACCAGCCGCUGUGAGGGGACCCUGGCCGUCCUGUAAGUACUGGCUGAUGACGGAGCCUGGCGGUUUAUUAUUGGGUGCAGACAAGAGUCCCUGCCCGUGCAAGGUGCACUUAAUGGUUUGCCAGCUGGACAACCCGUUCCUGGCAGCUGCCCAUGGGGCCUAUGUGAGAAGUGCAGCGUAACGACACAGCUGGCACCAAAGCUUAUCGUAGUGCGGGAGCGGCCGAGGACAGUCACUUAUAGAAGGUCUACAAGCACUGGAUAUGCGGUGAUUGUGGGGGCAGGGAGGUCCCUGUAAUUCCUGUCACUACCUGAUAGCAAUAGACUGCAUAGGAGGACUGCAGCUCCACCAGCUGCAGUGUAAAGCAUGGGGGUAUGGACAGAGCACCAGAUGGGAGGUGGGCCUUCAUCCUACCUCAGACUGCAGUGGACAGUGCGGAUACAAGUCACUGAUCCGAGCGGAAGAUCGGGCGUUGGCGUCUGCUCGAAGGUUGUACCAUAAGGGACGUGUCUGCGGUUUUUGGAGCAGUUUUGCCGCAGAUCUCGCCGCUGCCUUUGCUGGUUCUGUAGG